CAAUCUUCAUAUAAGGCUUUUUCCUUCAUUAUUUAUGAAGAUUUGACACUUUCAAAGCCCUGAACUCAAUAUUGCUAGUGAUUCUUAAUAAUUUACUCAUUCUAAAAUGAGUUUCAUACAUCAUACUCUGGAUUUCGUUUAUUCUGUUGGCGAAUCUAAUGGAGUCUAAAAGUGGAUAAUCGUAUGAUAUAAUUGAAUUAACUUGUGGUAUUGGAGUCUUCAUUAAGAACAAAGUAAAGAAGCUCAAACAACAAACAAAUUAUUAAAGAUGGCGAAUGUUAUUAGUCCGUUAGAAGAAGCUGCUAAAUCCGGAGACAUAAACCGUCUCUACGCGCUAAUUGAAGCAAAUCCAUAUAUUCUAGAAGACGUGGAAGCCAUACCCUUUGUUGAGACUCCUCUGCAUACAGCUGCAUCUGCUGGCCACAUCCACUUUGCUACUGAGAUUAUGAGAUUGAAACCUUCAUUUGCUUUGAAGCUAGACACGCAUGGCCUCAGCCCCAUCCACCUUGCCAUUCAAAAAGGCCAUGGCGAACUGGUUCGUCGCCUCGUGGACAUCGACAAGGACCUCGUCCGAGUCAAAGGAAGAGAAGGCAUUACUCCUCUUCAUACAAUUGUAAGUCAAAAGGGAGAAGCUCAAGUUUUGGCCUAUUUUCUCGAGGUUUGUCCUGACUCAAUUGAGGAUGUGACUGUGAGAAGGGAGACUGCGCUUCAUGUUGCGCUCAAACAUCAACAGUUGGAGGCUCUGCAAGUGCUCAUUGGUUGGCUCAGGACAAAUACUCGCAGAGGUGCUGCAACCUUGGAACGCUCUAUCUUGAACUGGAAAGACGAGGGAGGCAACACCAUCUUACAUCUUUCAGCUCUCAAUCAUGACAUACAAGCUCUGAAUUUGUUGAUAAAGUGUAAAAGCAUGAAUUUAAACAGCAAGAACUCAGAAAACAGAACAGCUUUAGACAGAGCUUGUAGCACAGAGAUGGAGAGAGAAUUAGAGAAGGUUGGAGCAAAACGCGGUUCAUCGGUUAAAGAUGAUCCCACCCUUGCAACUCAACUCAAACUAAACAUCACACUUCACCGAAGAAUAAUUAUCCGUGUAAAACGCACUAGACACAAUAUCUCAGAUAUACAGCGCGAAUCUUACUUGGUAGUUGCAGCUCUGCUUCUAACCGGAAUCUACCAAACUGUACUUAGUCCUCCGGCCGGAAAAUCUGUCCUAUCAGCCAGUGGUUUUGUUGCCAUAUUAGCCAUUAACACGCUCGUGCUUUUGGUCACAACACUUACCAUUCUUACACUAAUACUCAGCAGUUCCGUUGGGUUUCUGUUGCUUGGGCCAAUUUUUUCCUUUGCCUUCAGCUAUCUUUAUUCUAUGCAGCUGAUAUCGCCAACAACUAGAGGUAGACAUAUAGCUACCGUUAUGAUGGUUGUUUAUGUUGUUAUUUAUUGCUUGGUAGCCAUUGAAAUGAUGAUGAACUUACCUUCAGCAUCUUCGUUGACUUUGAAGGCGAAAAGAUUCUAUGCAGACUUAAAGUUAGAACUACACAAGUUUAUAGUUUAAUUUGAUCGUGUGUGCCUAUCCUUGCUAGAAAGUUUGCAUGUUUAUUGGUUGUUUUGUUUCAAUUCAGGCUUUAUUUUCAUGCUGUUGUAAUGCAAUAAUACAUGAUAAAGAUAUAUACUACCUCUUCGUCUCCAUUUUUUUAUCUC